AUGCUCACACUCUUAGGAGAAAGGACGACAGCAUCGUUGUGGGUGUCUCCUUCCGGGUGUCUCCUUCUACACUGCCAUGAUGUUUACUCAUCUCUACCUCUUCCGCCUCUCCUUGCGACAGCACCUGUUCAGACACCCUCUAACCACCUUCAAGAAUUUCGUCAUUUCCGUUUUCUCCUUCCCUCCCUACCUAUUAAACUAUUUGUGGGUGGGCGGCCCACCGAACAAGGUAAGAUUUGUUAUGUCUGGGAGGGGGGUCAGCCGCUCCUCCUUCCUCUGAAGGGUCGUCAAGUCGCCCUCGUCACAGUUGCCGGCUGCGGUCGUUGCUCGACUUCCAGAUAG